CAGAAAAAUACAAGAGGAAAGUUAUUAGAACAUGUUGUUGCCCCCUUACUUGUCCUACGCCCUUAGUGCUCGUCGUCUUCAACAUCACGUACGUCCAUUUCCACUGUAAUAUUCGCCUCACUUUCAUGCAUUCCAUGGAGUCUACAAGAUUGCGAAGUGUGUGGCCUAUUGUACGCGAAAUAGCCCUUCAUUGAAGAGAACUAUCCAAAGCGAUAAGAUCGACGUCAAAGCAGUCCAAUGGUCCGUCCAAGUACGUGUUAUUCCUUUUGCAUAAUGUCUUUUGGGACCUCCCAACCCUACUCUACACCUUUGCACUAAUUAGUCCAAUGCACAAGCGAAAACAUUGACCCAGGUAGAUCCCAUUCGAACCAUAAACAUCCCCUCUCUCAAGCAUGCGCCGAUUCAUUCCCGUGCGAAGAGAAACACUCGAUGCAUAUUUGCUUCGGGUUUGAAGAGAUGUGAUCGAUACAAGAAGCAAAGGUCGCAGGUUCUUCUCUGCGGAUCAAGCAAACCCUAGCACAAGGAUAUAUGAGUUAUGCCCUUUCAGCUUGCUUCGCAUGAAACCUAGGCACCUUGUCACAGCUUUGCCAACUGGGAGAAGCAUGAUGUCGAGAGAACAGAGAAUGUAGGAAAGAGAGCAUUGUUUGCAGAACGCAUUGCAUGCCCUAAUGCAUGCCUCGAGCGGUGCAUCUUUUGGGGACACUUGCAGAGAGCAAGUGCAAAGGAACGUAUAUCUCAUGGGUCCCCAUGAAUGAAAGUGGCAAAGAUAUGACAAGACCUGGUUGCCAAGGGAGAGAAAGGCAUCAUCUCUGAGGAAGCUGCAUCAUCCUCAAGCUUGCAUGCAAGCCAAUGUGUAGUAGAAAGUUGAGUGGGAAGGCCCAUCUCUCUCUCUCUCUCUCUCGCUCUCUUUCUCUCUAUGCAUAUGUAAAUCUAUCUAUCUACCUAUAUAUAUAUGUCUUUCCCUUUCCCUUCAUACGACAUAUUGCCAACCUAUCAGCAAACAAAGAUAACAUGACCACUUACAGAGUGUGCUUCUUCUUCCGGCGCCAGUACCGAGCGGCGUCGGGCCAGACGCCGGAGGCGAUACAAGAGGUGUUCGGGCAGUACUCGGAGGGAGGGGUGAUGCGGGAGCAGGAGCUCCGGCGGUUCAUGAAGGAGGUACAGGGGGAAGCUCGAGCCGGCGUCAACGAUGCCAUCAAGGAGUCCAAGUACCUCAAAGAGUUGCAGAAGAAAGGGCUUUCCGUUGACGAAUUCUACCACUACCUCUUCUCCGACGACAACGCCGCUCACCCCUCUUCUCCCGGGGUCUACCAGGACAUGACUGCCCCGCUCUCCCAUUAUUUCAUAUAUACGGGCCAUAACUCAUAUUUAACAGGUAACCAACUCAGUAGCGAUUGCAGUGAUGUUCCAAUCAUAAAGGCUUUGCGGAGUGGGGUGAGAGUAAUCGAAUUGGAUCUGUGGCCGAAUGAAACAAACAAUAAUGUGAAUGUUCUUCAUGGGAGGACACUGACUUCUCCUGUCAAACUUAUUAAAUGCUUGAGAUCCAUUAAGGAACAUGCCUUUGAAGCAUCUCCAUACCCAGUCAUAAUUACUCUUGAAGAUCAUUUAACUCCAAAUCUUCAAGCUAAAGCAGCUAAGAUGUUAACUAAAACUUUUGGAAACAUACUGUAUACUCCAACGUUGGAAUCUCUAGAAGUAUUUCCUUCACCGGAAGAAUUAAAGAUGAGGAUUAUGAUUUCCACUAAACCACCAAAAGAGUACCUUGAAUCCAAGACAACGAUGACAUCACCGACAACAAGCCACAAAGUCCCAACUAUUUGUGAUCGGCUGUUUUAUCCCAUCACCAAGCUUUUUAUCAAGGAAAAAGAGCAUGAAGGGCAAAAAGUAGAUGAAGAAGAAUGGAGUGAAGAAGUUUCGGACCAUGAAGCCAUAACUAAUGAUCAUGAACUAAAUGAACAUUAUCAAGAAGAAGAUCCUGAGGAGGGCAAUGGAAAACCACCAAUUGAAUACAAGCGUCUAAUAGCGAUCGCAGCAAAGAAAAUGCAGGGUGACUUAACCGAGGCACUGAAGAUUGAUCCUCAUAAAGUUACACGUCUUAGCCUAAGUGAACUAGCACUUGAGAAAGCUGCAUCAUCCCAUGGAACUGAACUUAUUAGGUUCACUCAAAGAAACUUGUUAAGGAUAUUCCCAAAGGGCACACGUGUUACUUCUUCUAAUUACAAACCAUUGCUUGGUUGGAUGCAUGGAGCACAGAUGGUUGCACUAAACAUGCAGGGAUAUGGGAAAUCACUCUGGUUGGUGCAUGGUAUGUUCAAAGCAAAUGGAGGGUGCGGAUAUGUGAAGAAGCCAGAUAUACUGUUGAAUGAUAAUCCAGAUCAACUCUAUGAUCCUAAAGCUACAUUGCUACCGAUGAAAACAUUGAAGGUGACGGUAUACACCGGGGACGGGUGGCGCUUUGAUUACCAUAAAUCACAUUUUGAUACAUUUUCACCACCAGAUUUUUAUGCAAGGGUGGGCAUAGCUGGAGUGCCAGUUGAUACAACAAUGAAGCAAACAAAAAUAAUCGAGGAUUGUUGGACGCCCGUUUGGGAUGAAGAGUUCGAGUUCAAGUUGACUGUUCCAGAACUUGCUUUGCUUCGCAUCGAAGUUUUCGAGCACGAUGUGUCGGACCAGGAUGACUUUGCUGGCCAGACUUGUUUGCCGGUGUGGGAAUUAAGGACUGGGAUCCGCUCUGUUAGUCUGUGCGACGUCAAGGGUCAGGCCCUAAAAUCUGUGAAGCUGCUAAUGCGCUUUGAUUUCAUUUUCCAUUGAAGUCUGUAUCCAAUUUUAUGAUAAAUCGUGUGAUUUCCAUAUAUAAAGCUGAAGCAUGUCUCGUUGCUGUAAAACAACAUAAAACUUUGGAUUAAUACAUCCUCUUGUUCUUUC